AUGACCACGCCAGCAGCCGGAGCAGCAGCCAAGAAUUUCUAUCAGGUAGUCAAAUCGGCACCAAAAGGCCGUUUCAAGGGAAUCAAGCGUGACUACACUGUUGAAGAUGUGCUCAAACUUCGUGGAUCCAUCGACAUCGACUACACUCUUGCCACUCGUGGAGCUAACAAACUCUGGCAACUUCUCCAUACAGAACCAUUUGUGCCAGCUCUCGGAGCCCAAACCGGAAACCAAGCAGUUCAAAUGGUUCGUGCUGGACUGAAGGCUAUUUAUUUGUCUGGAUGGCAAGUGGCCGCUGACGCCAAUUCCGCCGGAGACAUGUAUCCAGAUCAGUCAUUAUACCCAGCAAAUUCCGGUCCAGAACUCGCCAGAAGAAUCAAUAGAUCAUUGAGAAGAGCUGAUCAGAUCGAGGCCUGCGAAGCUGAGGACUAUUUGGCCCAACGUGACUGGUACGCUCCGAUCGUCGCCGACGCUGAAGCUGGAUUCGGAGGAGCUCUCAAUUGCUUCGAAUUGAUGAAGGCCUACAUCGAAGCAGGAGCCGCUGGAGUUCACUACGAAGAUCAGUUGGGUUCUGAGAAGAAAUGUGGACACAUGGGAGGAAAGGUUUUGAUCCCGACCGCACAACAUAUCCGUCACUUGAACGCCUCCCGUUUGGCUGCUGAUGUCUGUGGAGUUCCUACCAUCAUUGUCGCCAGAACCGAUGCAGAAUCUUCGAGACUUUUGACUUCGGAUAUUGAUCCAAGGGAUCAUCCAUACAUUGAUUACGACGCUGGCAGAACCAUUGAGGGAUUCUACAGACUUAAGGAUUCAACUGCCAUCCAAUACUGCGUGGACCGUGCCAUUCAAUAUGCUCCAUACUGUGACCUCAUCUGGAUGGAGACGUCUCAUCCAACGAUUGCUGAUGCCAGAGAGUUUGCUGAAGGAGUUCACAAGCAAUAUCCAGACAAGAUGUUCGCUUACAACUGCUCACCAUCGUUCAACUGGAAGAAGCAUCUCUCGCCAUCGCAGAUGGAGAAAUUCCAGAAGGAAUUGGGAGCGAUGGGAUUCAAAUAUCAGUUCAUCACUCUUGCCGGAUUCCAUGCCAACAGUUAUAGCAUGUUCGACUUGGCGAAGAACUACAAGGAGACUGGAAUGUUGGCUUAUUCGGCUCUCCAGGAAGGAGAGUUUGCUGCUGAGAAGCAUGGAUACACGGCUGUCAAGCAUCAACGUGAAGUCGGAACCGGCUACUUUGACGCCGUCAGUCGCGCGGUUACCGGAGGACUUUCUUCAACUACUGCCUUGUCGGGAUCCACCGAGGAGGCUCAAUUCCAAACUGCCGUUGCUUCGGCUUCCGAAGAUGAAGAAAUUCUUUCUCUAACCGCCCAAACUGUCGCCGGAGAUGAGAAGAUUCUUACUCCAGAUGCUCUUCGAUUCCUUCACGACCUCAACACAGAAUUCAAUCCACGUCGUUUGAGACUUCUCUCAAAGCGUCGUCAAGUUCAAGAUGAUAUCAACAGCUCUCUCUGGUUCCCAGACUUCAAUAAGGAAACCGAAGUCCUUCGCAGCGAUCAAGGAUGGAAGGGAGCGGAAAUUCCACGUGACUUGCAAGACAGAAGAGUCGAAAUCACUGGACCAACUGAUCGUAAGAUGGUCAUCAAUGCUAUGAACUCUGGAGCAAACGUCUUUAUGGCCGAUUUCGAGGAUUCCAACUCUCCAACAUGGAGAAACCAAUUGGAAGGACAAAUCAAUUUGUAUGAUGCAGUCAGGAAGAACAUCUCCUAUGUUCAUCCAACCACCAAGAAGGAGUACACUUUGAAUGAGAAGCACGCUGUCUUGAAGGUCCGUCCACGUGGAUGGCAUCUUCCAGAAAAGCACGUCUUGAUCCAUAACCAACCAACCUCCGGAUCCCUCUUCGAUUUCGGACUAUUCGUCUUCCAUAACGCAAAGGCUCUCAUCGCUCAAGGCUCCGGACCAUACUUCUAUCUUCCAAAGCUUCAAAGUGCCGAGGAAGCGCAACUCUGGGCUGACGUCUUCAAGUACACCGAGGAGAAACUGGGAUUGGCUCGUGGAACCAUCAAGUGUACCGUUCUUAUUGAGCACUUGCUUGCCAGCUUCCAACUUCAUGAGAUCAUCCAUGCUCUCAAGGAUAACAUCGUUGGACUCAACUGCGGACGUUGGGAUUACAUUUUCUCCUACAUCAAGACCUUCCAAUCCCAUCGCAAGUUCUUGUUGCCAGACAGAUUCCAAAUUGGAAUGACUGCUCCAUUCAUGAGAAACUACUCCUUGGAGGUCAUCAAGGCUUGCCAUCAACGUGGAAUCCAUGCUAUGGGAGGAAUGGCUGCUCAAAUCCCAAUCAAACACGACCCAGCUGCUAACGACAAGGCAUUUGCUUUGGUUAGAGCUGACAAGGAACGUGAAGUCACUGAUGGACACGACGGAACCUGGGUUGCCCAUCCAGGAUUGGUGCCACUGGCCAAGGGAGUUUUCGAUCAGAUGAUGCCAAAACCAAACCAGAUCAACAAGCUCCUUUCUCGGUCUCCAUGCUCAAAGGAAGAUUUGACAGUGAUCCCAGAGGGAACUCGUACUGAAGCUGGCUUCCGUCAUAAUAUCUCAGUCACUCUUGGAUACCUUGACUCUUGGCUCCGUGGAACCGGAUGUGUCCCAUUGUACAACUUGAUGGAGGACGCCGCCACCGCUGAAAUCUCUCGUGCUCAACUCUGGCAAUGGCUUCAUCACGACGCCAAACUCGAGGACGGACGCACUAUCGACGCAGGACUUGUCAAGCAAACCAUCGCCGCUGAAUCCGAACGUCGUCUGAUUCGUGCUGGAUCCGUUGUCAACCGAAUUCCAGAAGCUGCCGAACUCCUCGAGAAGUUUGUCACUGAGGAGAAACUCAGCGAUUUCUUGACAACUGAUGCCUACGAUAAACUUGUGUCGGAAGGUUAUUAG